AUGGAAAAUUCAUCCAUGGUUGUUACAAGCUUUGAGCUUCUUUGGAUCAAGGAGAUAGAAAUGUUUCAAUAUCUUUACUGCACAUUAUUUCUUGUGGUGUAUUUAUCUAUCCUACUGAUGAGUUCACUGGUUGUUUUUGUGGUUUGUACUGAAGAAAGCCUCCAGGAGCCCAUGUAUAUUCUUGUAUGUACCCUCGCUCUCAAUGGAAUGUUUGGGAGCUGUUCUUUUUUCCCAAAACUCAUUUUUGAUUUAUUAACUUCAUCAAACACAAUCUCAUAUUUGAGCUGUCUCUCUCAGAUUUACUUUCUGUUAAAUUUUACUUGUUUUGAAAUUUGUAUAUUUACACUCAUGGCUGUCGAUAGAUACUUGGCUGUGUGCUAUCCCCUCCAAUAUGUCAUAAUUAUGACUAAUGAGAAAACGUUAAAAAUAAUCACUGGACUUCUGGUUGCCACUUUUAUGGGAGUGUUGGUAGCUGUACUUCUGUCUGCAAAACUCCGUCUUUGUGGAAGACAAAUCCAAAAUGUAUUUUGUGAUAAUCCAUCAAUUGUCCUCCUUUCCUGUACUGAUUCAACAGCAAAUAAUCUCUAUGGAACAACUGUUACUGUUGUUUUCUUAACAAUCACUUCCAUAAUUAUUGGUUAUACAUACCUAAGAAUAUUUAUUGUCUGCAUUAAGCUCUCCAAAAUGGUUCGUAACAAAGCAAUGCACACUUUGAUGACUCAUUUGCUAAAUUUCUGUAUUUUUCUAACAGGCUUCAUCUUUUCUUUUAUUCGGUAUAAACUAAAUACUAUUGACUUACCGCUUUCAGUACACUUUCUAUUCACGAUAAGUAGAUUUGUCUUUCCUCCUUUUCUCAAUCCACUAAUCUAUGGUUUAAGAACCAAAGCACUAAAAAUAAAAAUAGCUCAUCACUUUUCAAAGACAAACGUGGAAAACAAAUUUUUGGCAUUUAAAUAA